GAGUCUUGCUGUGUCACCCAGGCUGAACUGCAGUGGCCCGAUCUCAGCCAGCUCACCGUAAUCUUCACCUCCCGGGUUCAAGCUAUUCUCCUGCCUUAGCCUCCCGAUUACCUAGGAUUACAGGUGUGCACCACCAUGCCCAGCUAAUUUUUUUUGUUGUUGUUGUUCAGUAGAGACAGAGUUUUGCCAUAUUGGCCAGGCUGGUCUCGAACUCCUGACCCCAGGUGAUCCACCCGCCUCGCCUCAGCCUGGGAUUACAGGCAUAAGCCACUGCCCCUGGCCUGAAAAAUCAGUAAUUAAAGAGACCUUCCUAUCACCUAAGACUUGGUGACCCUACUCAAUUUUAUCCUCCUAUCACAUUUGAGGUUAUUCAUUUAAUGUCUCUCUCAAAUGGUACAAGAUGAACUUCUCCACUCAUGCUAGGACUGCAUUUAUUUUACUACUAAAUCUGUAGCACCUCAUACUAUGUAUCAUAAUAGGUGUUCAAUAUAAGAAUAAAUAAAUGAAUUAGUGAUGCCUGUACAUUUGCUAAAGGCAGGCUGCACACUUGGUUCUAAGUUUCUAGUAGCCAAGAAAAAGAAUUUUAAGAUUCAUAGUAUCCUUAGGAUAAAAUAAAAUAACGAUUUCAGGACCAAAUAAGAGUUUGAGAUAACUAAUAAAAAUCAAAUAAUAGCCGGACGCGGUGGCACACGCCUGUAAUCCCAGCACUUUGGGAGGCCAAGGCGGGAGGAUCACUUGAGGUCAGAAGUUCGAGACCAGCCUUGCCAAUAAGGUGAAAUCCCAUCUCUACUAAAAAUACAAAAAUUGGCUGCGCCUGGGCGACAGAAUAAGACUCCGUUUCAAAAUAAAUAAAUAAAUGCAUAAAUCUGAAUUAACAGCAUGCACAUGACUGCUUUAUUUUCUAAAAGGUGUAGGAAUGCUUAUUUUAAAAAUGAAAAAUGACUCUUCCCCUCUUUUAAAUUUGUUUCUCUUCCACUUUUUGUUAAAGUAAAAAACAAAACACCUUCCCCCCACUUUUUCGAAUAGUUUCGGCUGUCUUUAGGACUGGAAGGAAAUUCAGCUCAAAUGAAUUACUGUAUUAUGAGCUUUAGUAAGAAUUGUUGUGCAUUUUGUACACAAUGCAACUCCAAGGAGUUGACAAAUGUUUGUUAAGUGCAUCAAUGAGCGACAUAGGACCUUCUCCUCCCUACUCUCUUCUCACAGUUUUUAUUUAAUCAAACAUUUAUUAUUGUUCGAUGCUCUUAAAUGACAUUUCCUUCAGCUGAUUAUUUGUACGACAGAAGAGUCAAUUAAGCUAUUUUGUCCUAAAAAUUACGAAAACGAAAUGUACAAUUGUGAAGUAAAAUUUUGUUCCUUUGCAAAUUUUAAUAAAUUAUUGAAGUUUAUUUUUUGUUUCAAAUAAUCUGGGCUUCAGUUCUAAUAAUGGAAGGACAAUGUGAAGGCCCAGAAUUCAGCAUAGUGCCUGGCAUUAAUAGGAGGUCAGUACAUUUUUAGUACAUGUUUCUCAAAUAGAUCUUAAAAUUUCAUUUAAGAGCGUUUCCUCACGUCACAGUAUGUCUCUGGCGUUACUUAAUUUUGAAAAACCUCAACACAGAUUCUAGUUUUAGGCAAAGCUCAGAAAAUUUCUACUUAAGGAUAUUUCCAAAGCGAAAGGAAGCGCGGAGACGUUCAUGACUGGCAUCAUCUCUCAUGUGGUUCCGGAAAUUCUCUGUAGGAUGCCCUACACCUGCUCUCCCUCCACUAAGAAGAACCUCUUUGUGUGGCGAAAGUAGGAGUAUUAGGGCUUUUAAAGUUGCCCAGAGUCAAGGAACACGGAUAAAGGCGCCGGGAGAUUGACAUGCACUUCGACCAAUAGCAUUGCAGAGAGGCGUAUCAUUUCACGGAUGUCCCAAUCAGUACGCAGAGAGUCGCCCGUCUCCAAGGUGAAAGCGGAAGUAGGGCCUUCGCGGACCUCAUGGAAUCCCUUCUGCAGCACCUGGAUCGCUUUUCCGAGCUUCUGGCGGUUUCAAGCACUACCCACGUCAGCACCUGGGACCCCGCCACCGUGCGCCGGGCCCUGCAGUGGGCGCGCUACCUGCGCCACAUCCAUCGGCGCUUUGGUCGGCAUGGCCCCAUUCGCAUGGCUCUGGAGCGGCGGCUGCACAACCAGUGGCGACAAGAGGGCGGCUUUGGGCGGGGUCCAGUGCCGGGAUUAGCGAACUUCCAGGCCCUCGGUCACUGUGACGUCCUGCUCUCUCUGCGCUUGCUGGAGAACCGGGCCCUCGGGGAUGCCUCUCGUUACCACCUGGUGCAGCAACUCUUUCCGGGCCCGGGCGUCCGGGACGCCGAUGAGGAGACACUCCAAGAGAGCCUGGCCCGCCUUGCCCGCCGGCGGUCCGCGGUGCACUUGCUGCGCUUCAACGGCUAUAGAGAGAACCCAAAUCUCCAGGAGGACUCUCUGAUGAAGACCCAGGCGGAGCUGCUGCUGGAGCGUCUGCAGGAGGUGGGGAAGGCCGAAGCGGAGCGUCCCGCCAGGUUUCUCAGCAGCCUGUGGGAGCGCUUGCCUCAGAACAACUUCCUGAAGGUGAUAGCGGUGGCGCUGUUGCAGCCGCCUGUGUCUCCUCGGCCCCAAGAAGAGUUGGAACCCAGCAUCCACAAAUCACCUGGAGAGGGGAGCCAAGUGCUAGUCCACUGGCUUCUGGGGAAUUCGGAAGUCUUUGCUGCCUUUUGUCGCGCCCUCCCAGCAGGGCUUUUGACUUUAGUGACUAGCCGCCACCCAUCGCUGUCUCCUGUCUAUCUGGGUCUGCUAACAGACUGGGGUCAACGUUUGCACUAUGACCUUCAGAAAGGCAUUUGGGUUGGAACUGAGUCCCAAGAUGUGCCCUGGGAGGAGUUGCACAAUAGGUUUCAAAGCCUCUGUCAGGCCCCUCCACCUCUGAAAGAUAAAGUUCUAACUGCCCUGGAGACCUGUAAAGCGCAGGAUGGAGAUUUUGAAGUACCUGGUCUUAGCAUCUGGACAGACCUCUUAUUAGCUCUUCGUAAUGGUGCAUUUAGGGAAAGACAAGUUUUGGGUCUCAGCCCAGGCCUCAGUUCUGUAUAGGCAAUGCUGUGUUAUUAUUACUUGAAUACAGAAUAUAUAGUUUACAAAA